AUGUCGAUGCCUGACACCAAUGACCGCCCUGUAACCGAGACAGUUAUACAACAGCUGCAUUGGAUACAACGUAUACUGAAAAUCGAGCGAAGCAGCUGCGUACCUAUCAGUGUCCCCACGUAUGAUUCCGAAAGCAAAAUCUGGAGUUUCCCAACUAUUCUCAACGAAAAUCGUGCGUCAACAAUUAACUGUAGUACGAUCCGCGACCUAACAAAGUGUUCGCCUAAGUCCUGUGAAGUACAAAUGAUUCCUGGCUACAUGGGUCCGCAGAUUCUCAAAGUUCAAUUCGAUGCUUCCAUUUGUGGACAACUGUCUGGUCCCGCAGAUUAUAGGGCAGUUGUGUUUCUCAUCAAUUCAAUCUUGAAUGGCAUGAAAGCAGAUUGCCCCACCAUCCGGUAUACCAAAACGAAGGAUGCGUUUGACAAAGGUUCGAAAACUGGAGAUGCAGGAUAUUUGUCACAAUAG